CAAACGCCACAGAAAACAAAAACCCAGAAGGGGGAAACAGUAUAAUAAACUGCAAUGAUGAACUCUGAAUGGAGAGAGAGGAAGAAGCUGUACACGAUCCUUGGCAUCUUCACUCUGAUCUCAAUUCUCUAUCUCAACUUCAGCGAUUCUCUCUUCAGCUUUUCCUCCUUCCCGUAUCUAUGGCAGCCCAAGAUGGACUUCGCGGGGGUCAACCGCACCAGAUUCGUUAUUCUCAAGGACGAAGGAGGAGGAGUAGAAGAGUUUUAUAUCAAUGGGUGGAAUUCUUAUUGGUUGAUGGCGGAGAGCGUGUGGGGUGAAUCCAGACAAAGGGUCUCUGAGAUCCUGGAGAGAGGAGCUGCCAUGGGGUUGAGCGUUUGCCGGACCUGGGCUUUCAGUGAUGGUCCCGCCGCUGGACCCAAUGCCCUUCAGCUCCAUCCUGGCGUCUUCAAUGAAAGGGCCUUUCAGGGAUUAGAUUAUGUAGUAGCUGAGGCAAGGAGGCACCGGAUAAGAUUAAUCCUCAGCCUCGUCAAUAAUUUGGAAGCGUAUGGUGGAACUACUCAAUAUGUGAGGUGGGCACAAGAAGCGGGUGUCAAUGUCUCUUCUUCCAGUGAUUUUUUCUUCACCAACCCAACUAUAAAAGACUAUUACAAAUCGUACGUUAAGGUUCUUUUGGCAUCUCAGGCUGUUGUGACUAGAAAGAAUUCCUUAAGCAGAAUUAGAUAUUCAGACGAACCUGCCAUAUUUGCCUGGGAACUCAUAAAUGAGCCUCGAUGCACAUCCAGUUCAUGUGCUUCCGAUCUUCAGGCAUGGAUUACUGAGAUGGCUGCAUUCAUUAAGAGUUUGGAUCAUAAACAUCUUGUGACUAUCGGGCUCGAGGGGUUCUAUGGUCAGAAGACGAGAAAAAAUCUUGGCGUGAAUCCUGGAGAAUGGACAACCUCCCUCGGUUUGGACUUCAUACAGAACUCAGCAACUAAAAACAUAGACUUUGCUUCUGUUCAUGCUUAUCCUCACAGCUGGAUCCCGGGUGCAAAUUUAACCAGAAGAAUAAAUUUUCUCUCGCGCUGGGUGGAUUCUCACAUAAACGACGGGGAAAAUGUCCUGAAGAAACCCGUCCUGUUCACAGAAGUCGGAUUUCCUUUGGGUUUGCAGCAAGGAGGGUCUUCUGAAAGAGACACUCUCCUGAGAAUUGUUUAUGACAGGAUUUAUGAAUCAGCCAAGAAGAGAAGAGCUGGAGCUGGAGCCUUGUAUUGGCAGCUAUUAGUGGAGGGAAUGGGGAAACAAUACGGGGAUCGAUUCUCGCUAGUUGCGUGGCAGCACCCUUCAACUCUCAAGCUGAUUACAGAACAAUCUUUCAGGCUGCAGAAUGCAUCUUACCAGAGCCAAACAAACACAAACCUCAGCCAUGUUUCAGCCAAAACACCAUAGGAGAUUAGCCAGAGGUUCAAUGCAAAG